CAAAUCUCAACAUUUCGCAGAAAGAACGAUCAAAAGAGCGAGGACGGAACAAGAAAGACAGCUCUGUCUCUCUCUCGAUCUCGAUGAGGCUUUUGACGCAUAAUAUGCUGGCCUGCAACAUAAAGGGGGUGACCAACGGCUACCCUCUUCGUCUCGAAGCGGAGAAGUGGGUGGAGAAGGAAGUGGACUUAAACGCUGACUUCCUCCGCGGCGUCUUCCCGAAGAUCGAGUGGCCCGCUCUGGUCGGCGCCGUUCGUUCUCUCGGAUGCCACGAUCUCCUCCCACAGGACGCUCCAAAUCCCUCCGCUCUCGACUCCGACGACGAUUUUCUUCGCCGAUUUCAUCGCGCCCUCCUCCAGCUGCAUGUCGAGGAAGGUGCGCUCGUCUGCCCCGAGACUGGCCGUCGCUUUCCAAUCAGUAAGGGUAUCCCAAAUAUGCUUUUACACGAGGAUGAGGUCUAGUUUUGUUUUGUCGAUUAGGGUUUUGUUCAUGCUUUUGUACUAGGGUUUUCCUCCUCUGGAGUUUGUCUUUAUGCAGAUUUUUUAGUAUAUUUCUUAACUGUGUUUUAGGAUUCUUGUGAAAUGUGAUGGUUCUGUAUUUGGUUAUCCUAAGUUUUGGCUAGAACAAACGAAAUUUAAGAUAUAUUUGUCUGCUAUAAACCAUGGCGCCUCUUUGGCUACAGCCUACAGCAGACGAAAAGCCGAAAGCUGAAUUGAAUGGAAUUUUAUAUGUUCUGUUU